AUGCGCGACCAUACCAUUCCCGACCAAACAAACGACGACGACUUCAUAAUGGUCUCCCACGCCGAAACCCAAAACCCCUACCUAAGCUCCAUCUCCUCCCACAUUGACGGGCUUCACGACGAGCUUAGAAGGGUCUCGCUUGAGAUCCACGAUCAUCCGGAACUGCAAUACAAGGAGUUCCAUGCGCAUGAGGUGCUGACGAAGUAUCUGAGCGGGAAGGCUGGAUGGAAAGUUACGCCUUCGGCUUAUGGGAUUGAGACGGCGUUUGUGGCGGUUUUCAAUAGUGGGAGGAAGGGGCCUGUUUCGUUUAAUGCUGAGUAUGAUGCUCUGAAAGGUAUUGGGCAUGCUUGUGGGCAUAACCUUAUUGCUGUUGCUUCGGUUGGAGGUGCUCUUGCGACCGCCGAUACGCUGCAGAAGAACGAUCUCGGUGGUAAAGUCGUUCUAUUCGGCACGCCCGCAGAAGAAGGCGGCGGUGGCAAGAUCAAACUGCUCGAAGCAGGCGCCUACAAAGACCACAACGUCGACAUAUCCCUCAUUUCGCAUCCUGGCAUCGGCCCCGAUAGCGCUUUGAUGCGAACAGCAGCCUACCAAAGCUUCAAAGUCGAAUACUUCGGCAAAGAAGCCCACGCCGCAGCACGACCCUGGGACGGCAUCAACGCACUAGACGCCCUGAUCACCGCAUACAACUCCAUCUCCGUCCUCCGACAGCAAACACAACCAGGCGACAUCAUCCAAGGACACAUCACCAACGGCGGCCUCCGACCCAACAUCAUCCACGCCUACGCCUCAGGCAUGUUCGUCGUUCGUUCAAGUAACCGCGCCCGAAGAGCCGCCCUCAACGAGCGUGUCCUGAAAUGCUUCGAAGCAGGCGCUCAUGCCACUGGCGCUACCCUCAAGGUUACACCCAAGGGGGCGUAUGACGACCACAUGCCCAACAAGGUCCUAGGAGCUCGAUAUCGCGAAGCAUUCAUCUCUCUAGGUGGGAAGAUCGCAACCCCGGAUCUGGAUUGGGUCAAUGGCACCACGAUGGCGAGCACAGAUCAGGGCAACGUUAGUUAUGCGAUGCCUAGUAUCAGCCCCAAUUUCUGGAUCCGAAGUGAGGAUAAGGAUGGGAACCAGCUCGGCGGGCCUCACACUCCCGAUUUCGAAGGAGCGGCGAGGACGGAAGAGGCACAUGGUCUUGCGCUUCGGGUCGCCAAGGCGUUGUCGGCUGCUGCUGUCGAUAUCUUGAUGCGGCCUGGACUGCUUGAGGAAGCGAAACGCGAGUUCGAGGAGAUGAAGCAUACUUCAUAG